AUGACGACCGCCCACCUAGUCCAUCCCCGUCAGUCUGGCGCCGCCCGCUCUCGUUCGAUCGAUCAUCUCCAGCCCCUUACUCGCACUGGCUACCAGCAUCAGCAGCAUCAGCAUAGCCUGAUAGGCCAAGAUAUCAUUAAUCAUAAUCAUGAACACCACCAGCGCAUCCAUUCCGUCCUCGUCCACAAAAUCCACCAUCUCCUCGAGCUGCCUGCGGACGAGCAGCCACAAGCCUCUUGCCCGCAAGAGCACUCUGAGCGCCGCCGAUCUAAGACUGUUUCCAUAUGCUCUGACUAUUCCUCCUCCAACUUCCUCAACGCUCUCAUCGAAUGUUAUUCCCCUAGUCUCUACUCCACCCCCUCAAGCCCCAGUCUAUCCUCCGUGGACUCAUCCAACUGGGCCAAUCCCAUCCCCGCCAUCACCCUCUCCUCUCAUCCCACCCCCCAAAAUAUCCAGCCCCCCUUUUCCCCGCAGGACAUUCGCAAUACCAUCAUGUCCUCUCCCUCCCUCUUGCCCCAGAAGCUGAGCCACCUCCGAUCACGCUUCAAACCCUCCAAGAGCGCCGUGCCGCUCAACACAAAGUCCCAGCGCCCCGCCAUGGCGCGCCCAUCGCCCGUCAAGGUGCCUCCGUCAUCCGUCGGUCUGGUCAUCGACCCAGACUCCUGGGUGCAUUCAGACGACAGCGAGUCAGACGACCCGCAGCAUUCGAAGGACCGGACGCUGGUCGAUGACGACGAAGUGCCCCUGUCGCAGCUCCGAAAUCGGCUGAGUGGCGGCGAGCUGAGCUCGGCGGCUGCCGCCAAGCCCGAGCCGCCGGCGUCCGUGCAGACGAGCGCCGCCGGCUCGGAAGCGCACCUGUUCUCGAAGGUCCUCAAGCGCUACCGCUCCUCCCGGUCCCUGCGAUCGCUGUGCAAGAAGUCGCCCGACCCGCCCGCGUCGGCAUCCCCCAACCCCUCCGACCCAACCCCCUGUCCGCCGCCGGUCCGCGGCCAGCAUUACCAGCCCGCCAGCCACGCCACACGCGACCGCGUCUCCCAUCACCAGCAAGUCCCGCCCCUCCCUCCGCCACCUCGCUCGCUCCGUCCCGCCAUGUCCUCGCCCAACCUCUCCCAGCGCGUCCACCAUCCCCUCGCCGCCCCGCCGCCCUCAGCCAGACCCGCCUUCGCCUUCUUCCCCUGCCCCCCUACGCCUGUCUCGCCCAGCGUCGUCGGGCCAUACUCUUCCCAUCUCAACACCCACCAUUUGUUCCCCUGUCCCUCGCCCGGCGACUUCCCCACCCCGCCCUCAUCCAUCUCGCCCCCCGCCAGGUCCCUCAAACUCAGCUCGCCCCAGUCCUCCGUCUCAGCCCGCUCGUCCGAACGCGACAUCUACCGCCGCAUGCGUCGCCGUCACAAGGAAGAAAUCUCCUGUCUGCACGGGUCUGCGCCCACCACCCCCGGCGUGGAUGUCAUGAGCAACAGUGGAUAUCUCCCAUCCGCGCCCAUCGACGGGUCCCUCUACAACAUGCUCAACGAUGCCCAACGGCGUGCGCUCCGGCAACGCUCGGACCUUCUCGGACAGAACCUCAAGUCGCAUCUCGAAGCUUUCGCCUACGAAAUGAUCCACUCUAAUGUCCUCCAUCACAACCACCAGCAGCACCAACAACAGCUGUACAACUACGGCGUCGGCGCUUACUGA